CUCUCUCUCUCUCUCUCUCUCUCUCACACACACACACACACAUACUAUAUAAGCUUUUCGGACAUAGAGAACACACUUCUUUCUCUCUGGUGUCACCGGCGACGGGUGAAAAAGAUUACAGAGAAAUGCUAUAGGGUCUUGGAGCGAAAACAGUUGGUAUCUUAUAGUAGAACUGGUAGUGGGUGCUGAAAGUAGUUCUUACACAUUUUGCACCAUUUUGCAUGUGAGCAAAGAUGGGGUCUGCUUGUUGUGUUGCUGCUAGAGAUAGAACUAUAACAAAUGGGUCCAGUAGUGAUGUUAUCCCGAGGAAUGUCCGGUAUUCUCCAUCAUGGAGCGUCCGGUGGGAUAAUCGGCGGCGUGUAGCAGGGGAAGAAACUUCUAUGAAUUGGUCAUCUGAUGGUGUUGGCACAAAUGACAGGUUGGACAAUAAAUCUCAGACAACUGUUGGAACUGCUUAUGCAUCAGAAGAGGGUAGUCCAUUGGAAAGUUUCCGAAACCUCACUUGGCAGAAGUCCUCACCUUCUGAAGGAUAUACUGUUCCUCAGUCAGACCAAUCCGUCUCUAAAAAUCCUUCAGAGGUGAAGGUGUCAAGGGAAACUCAACUUGCUUCAGAACCAUCUCCAACCAAGAUGUCACCAUCCACACACUCGGUUUCUUCCCUUUCGGCAUCCCCUUUGUCUUCUUCACAAGGUCAUUUCCUUCCCCCCUCAAGAUGGCAUGGUCGUUCCCCAGGGCACCAUUUAAUGCGUCAGGUAUCAGAUAGCCGGAUUCCAGGGAUGAAGUCACCGAAUUUCUCAAUUUCUGAAGAAGGGUCUCCCUUUAUGUUCGCUGGGUGGAGCAAUGAAUCAAAUAGGGGGUCUCAUGGUGGAUCUUCAGAUGGUUGGUCUGUACCUGCAUUUUCUGAGCUCAUGGCAACCUCUCACAGAGAGAGAUGGUCUUUUGAUAGCGAGUCUCUCAACUUUAGUCGUGAUAAGAUAAGCAGAUCUAGUGGGCGGGUAUCUUCUUCUCCUUCCAUUGAUAUGCAGACAUGUGGCGUUUGCUCCAAGCUUUUAACUGAAAGAUCUUGUUGGGGAAGCCAGAAAAUCAUAGCCACUAAUGAGCUUGCUGUUGUGGCCAUUUUGAUAUGUGGGCAUGUUUAUCAUGCAGAGUGCUUAGAGAACAUGACAGCUGAAAUUAACAAAUAUGAUCCAACAUGCCCUGUUUGUACUUUUGGGGAGAAGCAGGCUCUCAAGUUGUCUGAAAAAGCACUGAGAGCUGAUUUGGAGUUGAAGGCUAAGAUGAACAAGAAAUCAAGAAGCCGGGUGGUGGAUGGCGAUAUGAAUGAUGGUAUUGUUAUGUUUGAUCAUGAUAAGAGGAGUGGACAUGAGGGCAGAAUCCCCAAGAUCAGCUCAAGUUCUAGCAUGAAGACCUCUGUAGGAAAGCCUUUCUUAAAGAGGCACUUCUCUUUUGGCUCCAAGGGCAGCCGAUCAUUGUCAGAGACUAGUUUUUCCCGGAAAAAAGGAUUUUUCUGGGCAAAAUGAAGCAAGGAGUGACCUCUAGAAGACAGUUUGCGCGAGUUUGGAUCAGCGGGUGAUUUGGUCUUCGAAAUCUGUAUCCGAGGUACGAAUAGUAGGGGGGGGUUAAAGACGGUUUCUGUAAAGCAGGUUUUGAACAACACAUAGAUGACACACCAGUACCAGCAUGGCACCAUCUUGGUGAAUGAAUUUAGUUGGUACAUAUAGCUGCUAGUAGUAUUGAUUGGACUAUUAUUACUGCAAACAUAUUCUUUUUUAACUUGUGUUCUGUUCUGUUCUGUAAAUUUAAAAUCUCUUUGUUUUUCUUGCAUUAAAAAUGGAAUGACCAAAAAAGGGUGGUAUUUAUAUGUGCUCUUUCAUUU